CCCCCGGGCUCGGGGCCCCCCGGCCCCCAGGGAAAGACCUGAAGGAUGGAUGACGGUUCGGAAGCUGCUUCCAAUUCCCUAGUCCUGACGGAAAGUUUGGAGCUACAGCUGGAGACCGCCUGGUGCAGCCCCCCUUCCUUCUCCUGUGCCCAGGGCAGCCGAGAGGGAGGACGCGGGUGGUCGGCAGAGGCUUACCUGGCAACUGGCUCUCUUAAGAGGCUGAUGCUGAGGCUGGAUCCUUUACCAACCCACUUUGAAGAAGAUACAGUGGAACUCUUUGACAUUCAGUGGGUGACUGAAACCGCAUUAGUUAAUUCACCUAGCCAUCUCUUUUUUUUAUUCAGGCAGCAAGUGAAAAAGUUGGAAACCUUGUUGCAGGCCAACCCUGACUUUGGUCAGGCGUCGAACAUUCACUGUGAAGCAAACGCUAUUAGACAGCAGUGUGUUACCUUUCUUCAUUAUGUGAAAGUUUUCAUCUUCAGGUAUCUGCAAAUCCACAAAGUGGACAGCGAUGGGCCUCUUCAUCCAUACGAGGAACUAGAGACUCAACUUCCCUCCAUCUUGGUUGAAGAGCUUCACGGAUUGAUCUUAUAUGUCGGACAUCUAUCUGAACUCCCCAGUGUUACCCUGGGAGCAUUUACGAUACAAAACCAGGCACAGCUCUUCCCAGCGUCGUGGCAUUUAGUACAUCUUCAUUUGGAUAUUUACUGGUUAGUUCUGGAAAUCCUUCAUAUACUAGGCGAAAAAACAUUGAGACAAGUAGUGUAUGCUCAUCAGUUUAUGAACUUUUCUGGGGAAAACCUAACCAACGUCAGCUUAUUUGAAGAGCACUGCGCCAGUCUCAUUUGUGAUCUGAUAAGUCUGUCAGUCAACAAGUAUAAUAAGGUCAGGCCAGCUGAAGCUCUGGUGAAUCACCACUGCCUGUGCCCAUGCGUUAAGGAGUUGUGGGUUCUUCUUAUUCAGCUGCUGGACCACAGGAGUAAAGGGACUCUCACAGAGUCCUUUUGGAGCUGGAUGAAUAAACUACUAAAAAACCUCUUCAAAAGACCCAGCGACACAGAAGGAUUUUCGGACUUGGUGUUAACUCAGUGCAAAGACCCAUUAGGAUUUAGCUGGUGGAUUAUUACUCACUUGGCAUCUCUUUACCAGUUUGACCGUAUCGGAGUGCUAGAGGAAAAGAAACAAAUGGAAUCAAAUUGGAGCUUUGUCGAAGAACUUCUGAAAAAAUCCUGCAAUCCCGAGGCUUCUAUAUUAGAAGAACAAUUACGAAUGCAUCUUAACUGCUGCUUGAUGCUUUGUGAUUUCUGGAACACCAAUAUCCCUACAGUCACGAUUCUCUGGGAGUAUUACAGUAAGAAUCUGAACAGUUCUUUCAACAUUCCUUGGCUUGGUUUGAAAGGCUAUGUAAAUAUUUCUAAGUCCCCUUUGUCAAUGCUUGAAAUGGUGAAGGCCUGCUGUACUGACCACCCAAGGUCUGAUCUCCAUGAGUCCAGGAAUAGUUAUACUGUUUUCCUCUGUGUUUUGGCAAAAAUGGUGAAAAAAGCAAUGGGGACCAGUGGCAUUCAUCCUUGGAAACAAAUCAAAGGCAGAAUUUAUUCGAAAUUUCACCGAAAGAGAAUGGAGGAAUUGACAGAGGUGGGGCUCCAAAACUUUUUCAGCCUGUUCCUGGUAUUAGCCUCCGUCGCGGAGAUCGAGGACGUGGCCAGCCGAGCUUUGGAUCUCCUGACUUUCCUCCGCCCCGCCUCCGUCACUCCUUCUCAGAGAGCGCUGAUUUGGAAGGGCCACCUGGUCUUCCUCCUGAUGUACGUCGAGAGAAACCUGGACGUUGGCGUCCUCUCCGAGAAGCUCGCCAAGGAUUUCUGCGAGAGGGCAAAGAGCUUCCUGGUGUCGAAGAGCGACGUGGAGCAGAAGCGGAGUCUCUGGAGGCUUCUCGCCGUCUACGUCGAUGGCGUGCAGGAAGUUUUCGAGACCAGCUGCUUCUUGCACCUUUCGCAGGAGAAGCUGCUCAACGAGGGGUUCAGUAUGCUCCUGCCGGCUUGUCGAGAAGCAGAACUCAGCGUGGUGUUAAACUUCUUACAAGCCGUCCUAGCCAGACUGAGGAGUGUGCACGCACAAUCACGCCAGGAACAUCCAGCGGGGAUGGCAGGCGGAAAGGCGCCGAUUUCAUUCACGGUGAAAGAGCACCAUCUUGCUGUGGCCGAUGCCCUGUGGAAGAAUUUCUUUCCGUUUUUGAAGAGCCAGAGACUAUCGCAGACGGCGUCUCUCCCUCUCCUCGCAGAUACAGCUGCAGGCUUUACUCUGUUGGCAUUGGAUAUGCCCAGCACAGCUCCGUCAGAUCUCCAGCCUCAACCGGUCUGGUCCAUGCUGCAGUUGUUCGGCUGGGACGAUAUGAUUUGGCCCCAGCUCGUGUCAAGAUAUUUAAGCCAUCUUAUUCAGAACAGGACCUUGACUGAGGAAUUUUCCCAUUCAGGCUGUUCAUCGUUUGAAGCCUUGUCGGUGCGAUCUUGGUUCCGCUGUGUUUUACAAAUGUACUGCUCUAAGCCUACGGCCUUACUGGACAGUACGGAUGCUGAACUAGCAGUUGGAAAAGAGUAUAUGGAACAGUUGACUGAGCUGACGCGGUUAAUAUUUCAACUCUCGGAAGUGAAGAGUCUUCUCUCGAAGACUCAAGAUGAGCUGUCGUCCGUUUCCCAGGACCCUCAGAGAGCCCUGGUCUUGUUCCUGGAGGCAGUUGGUGUAACUUAUAGCAGCUUGCAGACGCUCCCUGAGAAAUCUGCUAUGGUACUGAAGUCCUUAGACUACCUUGGCGAAGUAUUAAAAUACGUCAAACCAUAUCUGAUGAGAAAAGGUCCUUCCAAAGGUCUGAAGCUGACGUAUAGAACAAUGGGAAUCCUGGUGAAGUCAUGGGCGCUGAUCCUCUCCACUUCAAAAGCUCAAAAGCUUCUGUUCCAGAUCAUCGACUGCCUGUUGUUGCCGCACGCUGUGUUACAGCAGGAGAAGGAGCUGCCCACAGCUAUGCUGGCUGCUAUUCAAGACAGUCUUCCUCUUUAUCUCCAGGGCAUGUGCAUUAUCUGCAGUCAGUCCCAGACUCAAAACACCUAUCUCCACCAGCUGCUGGGGAACGUGGUCCGGCAGUAUAUCGGACGUUUCCUUCCCGCUUCACCGUCCGUCUCCGGUCUCGGCCUUCACCCGGUUCUCUCAGCAUUGGGUAACUCGACCGCCACCCCAUCCAUCUCUGCUCUCCGCAGGACUAUUGUACAAGUCAUCAAGGAAAACUACCUUCAGUUUAAAGGCUCUUCCCCGCCUCCUCGCUUGGCCUCCGUGCUGGCCUUCACUCUUGAACUCUUGUGGAAGACGGGUGUGGAGCGGAAUGAUGUUGAGUUCCUCCUUCCUUCUGUGUUGAAAUGUUUGGUGCUGGUCAACGAAUCACAGGUUAAGAAGCUGGCCACCGAGAUCUUGCACUCCGUAGUAGAAACUAGCCACGUGAGGUCAGGAGGAGAGCCGGCACCUCAGAUGACUUCCGUAUUCAGGCAGUUCAUCCGGGAUUACGCUAUGAUACAUGAGCAGCAGGUGUACAGCAUCCUAGAAGCCGUGGCAGUCCUGGAUCAACAGCUCGUGGUCGGUUUGAUCUCCACAAUCACGCAGACCCUAAAGGAUUCCGAGCACAAGCAAGGCCUCGGCAAAAAUAUUGCCCAACGAAACACCUACUACAAACUUCUAUCCUUCCUUGGAGAACCCGGCCAGGAUGAGAGGCGGAAACUGGAAAGUGAGACCGUUCCCCUGACUGGGCUGGAAAACUUGAGCAGGGAGUAAGCUCGGUGACAUGGACUAAGGCAAGACUUCCACACUCACUGUCCAAACUUUCAAUCUUUGUGAACUAAAUGAACCUAAGUUUUGAAAUAAAAACCAAAAAAG